AUGGGGCAACUUCUCUCCCACCCGGUGGAAGAGAAGGCGAUUGAUUUCCGCUCCUUUGAUUCAAUGACUUAUUGCAUAGGGUCCAUGCAAGGAUAUCGUAUGACCAUGGAGGAUGCACAUGAUGUCAGGAUAUCGGAGGACGAGUCGCUAGCAGUCUUUGGCGUAUUUGAUGGCCAUGGAGGAAAGGACGUUGCCGAGCUUCUUCGUAAAAGACUUGUUGCAUCGGUUUUCAAGGAAUUGAACAUUCUUGUCAGGGCCAACAAAAACGUUGAGUUGGCCACACUUACUAAAACCAUCAAGAACUGCUUCUUUGCGGUGGACUCCGGAUUACCGGAGCCUGCUGCCAGUAAUUGUGGAUCCACCGCCAUCGUGACUACGAUUGUGGCCAACAAAUAUGUAAUUGUAUCCAACACCGGUGAUUCGCGGUCAAUUUUAUCUAUGAAAGGAGGUCUCCCCAAGAACCUUUCUUUCGAUCACAAACCAUCCAACAUGGGUGAGCGCGUCAGAAUCGAAAACAGUGGUGGUUAUGUCAUCAAUUCGCGCGUUAAUGAGAUUCUUGCAUUGUCUCGUGCGUUUGGCGAUUACAAAUUCAAGCUACCCUGGCUUCAAUUGGCUGCGCCUGGCAAUAAUAAUUCCUUUUUGGAGCAAAACCGCAAGUUGGUCAAGAACAAUUUGGUUGCGCUACCGCCAGAGUUGUAUCAAGUCACGGUUGAACCGGAGUUCGUGAUCUAUGACAUCGCGGCACUCUCCAACCCAGAGUUUGUGGUUUUGGCUUGUGAUGGUAUCUGGGACUGCUACACUAACAACCAAUUGAUACUGCUUAUACGCAAGAAGCUCCGUGAUCGCUGGUCCUUACAGCAUAUUACUGAGUACAUUUUGAACGAUUGUAUCAGCAUGGCCUCUAGUGCAACUGGUAUUGGUUUUGAUAAUAUGACAUUGAUGAUAAUUGCGAUCCACCCAGACAGUACAAUGGACGAUUGGAGCAUAAUGAUGGAGAAACGAGUUAAUGAAGAGGAGAUGCGGGCAGAGGCUGCUUAG